AUGACUGUUACCACGCCCGUCAAGCCCAAGUUCAAGCGGGCUUUCAGUCACAAGCAAACUCACGCGGUACACAGGAUCCGGCGUGUCAAGUGUGACGAAGAAAAACCCAUCUGUCGUCGCUGCAUCAACGAAAAGUUCAAGUGCGACGGCUACGCAAUGCCACCAAGACGAAAGAACGCCAAGGCCAAGGCCAAGGCAGAGUCAGUAGCAGCUCGACAGUCUGAGCUUCCCCUGACCAUCAGCGAAGCAAUGUUCUCGACGAACUGGGAGAAAUUAUACUUCCAUCAUUUCCUGCACUGGACGGCGAAACAACUGUUAAGCUCCCCCGAUUCGUCCAACUUUUGGCUUCGCUAUGCUCUCCCGCUAGCUCAUCACUGUGAGGCCGUCAGAUAUAGUAUGGUGGCCGUUGGCGCGUCCCAUCGACUUUCCAUGGCCCGGUCUGUCGCGCACCUGAAACCUUUCGAGCUCGAACGCAUCGCCAUUCAUCAGUAUAACAAAGCUAUUUCAGUAAUCAUGCCGUCCAUGUCUGUGGAUUCCGUUUACAACAGGCAUUGCAUAUUGAUAUGCUGUCUCUUAUUCGUCUCCGUCGAGGGUCUCAUGGGCCGAUACGAUGACUUGCUUCGACACCUGCGAUCCGGCAAUCAGCUACUGACCUCGUCUCUCAAAGAUUCUACACCCGAUGAAUAUGCCGUGAACGAGAAGCUCGUUGAGGUGUUUUCGCGCCUCAGCACCGAAACAUCCAAUUUUUGCCAAAAGAACGUUGCCUCAGGAGUAUCACAAUGGUAUCAAACCAACGCAAACCCGAACAUCACACCUACUCAGCCCUUCCGAGACCUGGACGAAGCCUCAUACGAACUGCAGAGGCUCAGUGUUCGCCGAAUCGACAACGCUUGGUAUAGUCGAGUUGAAUGCGAAGACGAUGAUACAGACGAAGUCGAAAGCGCGAAGAGACUAGCUAUGAUACACGAGAACUUUUCUGCGUGGAAUUCUCGCUUUGAAGCCAUGCCGUGCGUCAACCAAACCAGUCUUCUGGAUGAAAGCAGUUCGCAGCUGCGCAAUCUACGGCUAGCACAGCAGUUCUGGAAGUUGACCAGCGCCGUCCUGGUCCCAGACGAGUCCAUCUCAGGGCCCAUCUCAGAUCCUACGUUCUUCUACGACUUCAUGGCAGCAGCCACAAGUGCAGCCGGGCCGCUAAUUGCAAUGAAUCAGCCUACAUUUUCUUUAGAUGGAGACCUAAUCUCAGGCCUGAACUUUGUAGCUGCGUCGGCGAUCCACCCUUCGGUCGCUGGUGUCAAGAUUCAGGCGUUGGACUUGUUGCGCAGACUGGAUCGGAGGGAGGGAGUCUGGGAUAGCGGAGAUAUAGUCAGGCUGUAUGAGUUGAUGGCAGCUGCUGAUGAGGAGGACUGA